GUAAUGCGGGUGCCAGCUGUUACCAUAUCACCCUUCUUCUUCUUCUCUCGUCCUCCUCUUCUGUUCUUCUUCUUCACUGCUCUUCCUCUUCGAUUAGGGUUUCAUUUUUUCAACCCGAUCUAUAUUGCGUUGCCGCAGCUAUUCCUUCCUCUCUUCAAUUUUUUCACUUCUCGCUCUUACACGAUCUUAAGCUUCGAAGUAUUACAAGUUUGCUUCAUUGCUAUGUGGUGCCACUUGGCUUAUCACCGGCAACCACCUGGUUAUCCUGUGUAAAACUCCAUGGUACCAGAGGGCUAGGGAGUCAUGGGCUGCUCUCAGGAUGCUAAUUUUUAUAAGGGUUCUUUGUGCUGUCAGCUAAUUCUAUUUUUCAUCUGGCUUCCUACUUUCCAAGAUGUGACAGCACGGGAAAUACAUGCUGACCACAGAAGAAUUUCUUCUCUGCUAGAGUUAGCUAAGGAACCUCCUUCUGGAGAUUCUGCUCUCUUUGACCCCAUAGAAAUAUCACCUGCUGUAUUACCGAAAUUCCCAUAUCCCACUGAGUCUUGGCCACCAAUGUACCCUACUUUCCCAACUAGAUAUGAACCAGUUUUAACUGGAAAAUGCCCUGUAAACUUUUCUCACUCAGAUAUAUCAAGUAUCCUAGAUAAAACAGCAUCUGAUUGCUCUGGACCUUUGGCAGCCCUUGUUGGGAAUGUAAUAUGUUGUCCUCAGUUUAGUAGCUUGAUCCACAUCUUCCAGGGUUUCUUCAGCAUGAAAUCUGAUCAUUUGGUUUUGCCAAAUGCAGUUGCUGAUCAUUGUUUUUCUGAUAUCAUUAGUAUUCUAGCCAGUAGAGGGGCAAAUAGUACAAUCCCCACACUUUGUUCCAUAAAAUCAUCUAAUUUUACAGGCGGGUCAUGUCCUGUGAAGGAUGAUUCUACUUUUGAAAAAACAGUUAACACAAGUAAGUUACUUGAGGCUUGCAGCACUGUUGAUCCACUUAAAGAGUGUUGUAGGCCUGUUUGCCAACCUGCGAUAAUGGAUGCAGCACUACAGAUUUCUGGAAGACAAAUGAUGAUUAACAAUGAUGAAAAUAUGGCUGGGGAAGUAAAUCACACUGACUAUCUUAACGAUUGUAAAAGUGUGGUUUAUUCAUAUCUUUCCAAAAAACUAUCAUUUGAGGCUGCAAAUACUGCAUUCCGAAUACUAUCUGCUUGCAAAGUCAACAAAGUUUGUCCUUUGUCUUUAAAGGAGCCAACAGAAGUAAUUAAUGCAUGUCGGAAUGUAGCUGCCCCUAGCCCUUCCUGUUGUAGUUCAUUAAACACAUAUAUUGCUGGGAUACAAAAGCAAAUGCUAAUUACAAAUAAACAAGCUAUAAUAUGUGCAACACUUUUUGGAUCUAUGUUGCGUGGAGGUGGAGUGAUGACAAAUAUUUAUGAGCUUUGUGACGUUGAUUUGAAAGAUUUCAGCAUACAAGCUUAUGGACAACAAGGCUGUUUACUUCGAAGCUUGCCUGGUGAUGUGAUAUUUGACAAUUCAUCAGGCUUUAGCUUUACAUGUGAUUUGAGUGAUAACAUUGCUGCACCCUGGCCUUCUUCAUCAUCUUCAUUUGCAUCUAUGUCACUCUGUGCACCUGAGAUGUCAUUACCUGCUCUCCCAACUUCUUCUCAGACAUUAAAAAAUAAUGGUUGUACUUCUGAUGGAGUGGGAUUGCUUGUGCUUAUUUUUUCAUCUUUCAUCUUCAGUACACUGUUGUAUUGAAGAUAUUUUAGGGUUUAGAUGUGUGUCGGGAAGGCAUUUCAAAGUGUCUUUGGUGUGGCUUUUGCAUGUAUAUUUUUGAAUGGCCUCAUUGUAUUGUAUAGAAAUCUCCCCUCCCCCCCUCCCCAAUUUCCACGUGUCUUCUGCUUGUAUGUUCUGGAGUUAGUGCUCAUUUGAUUUAGGAUCCAUAAUUGUGCUGUGAAGGGUUCCGUUAUUUUGUGUUGAAAUGCAGACAAGCAGAUGCUAGAUUAGCCGCUAAAGUUUACUAUGGCAGCAACAGAGACUGAUUAAAACUGGUUCGGGAAGGGGGAAAUGAAACAUGCUGACUUAGACGAUGUUUUGAUGCUAGUGGUGUGCCUCAUUCGGAACUGACAAUGUUGACUUUGACCACCAAUUAUUAUAUUUAAAGCACGUGAGUAGAGUUUAACUCGAGA